AUGGGAGACUCGAUUGUGGAGGUCAACAUAAAAAGUGGAGUUGCAGGCGCACUGUUCCAGGGAGAUAUUGUCCUUACAAAGGAACAACAGGGUGAGAUUGCUGCGGAGAUUAGUGGAGACCGUUCUAAAAGACAAGCUUUCAAUGCUGAGGGAUGGCCUGCAAAAUUGUGGUCAGAUGGAGUUCCAUACAUGUUCAGCAUUUUGAACAACAAGGCCAAAAAUGCCUUCAAAAAAGCAGCGGAUCUAUGGAUGCAGAAUACGUGCAUCAAUUUCACCGAGUACGAGAUGCCUAAAGGAAGAGUCAGCAAGCCGAUGCCCAAGUACUUUCUUGUUGUGAUCGCGGGGGAUGGAUGUCAUUCUGAAGUUGGUAAAGUGGCGAACGGAAUCAUGCAGGAGCUAUCACUUGGCGACAGAUGCGAAACGGUACGUGUUAAA